UGCUGCUCCAGGGCUGCUCACAGCCUCUAGCUGCUUUUUACUCAGCUCUUGUCCUGAUAUCACUCCGCUGGCAUGGAGGAGGAGAGCACUUGAUCAUUGUGAUGGUGGCAGCAGCUGCAUGCAACCAGCAGCUCGGCGUUUGUUGGACUUCGUUCACUCACUCGGCAAAGGGCAGGAUUUUUACAAGUCGCGUUAUACCUGAGGAUUUUACAGAGAAGCUAAUGAAAUGCAAGUUCACAAAACUACUGCGGAGUUUGUGCGGUGUAAACAGCAAAACUUUUUCUUAAAGGAAAACACAAUAAAGCUGCGGGCUCGCAACAUUGGUUGUUGUGUGUGAUGAUCGCUCGUAACAUCCGGAUCGUCUAUGGAGUUGAAGUAAAAACAGUAUACGGGAUUUAAGCAUAGGACUGACUGCUAAACGCGGUUAAACAGUCACAGUUAUUAUUGGUCUGUCUGCAGUUCGGGUACAGCAUUAUGAUUUUAGUGGCAUUGCAUGAUUAAAUUACAGAUUUUCCCGAAUGUAAGAAGCAGUACCGCUGCUUCUUGGUCUUUUGAUUUCCCCUUUCUUAUAUCCCCUCACCCCCCGACCCCCUUUGGAAACAUUUUGAACACGAGAAGCAAAAGAAAGUUCUUCCAAAAUAGUGUGCACAGACUGUAGAAUGGGGGAUUUUGCAGCCCCCACUGCUGCAAAUGGCAGUAGCAUUUGCAUUAACAACAAUAAUAUAAACAGCGGCAUCAACACUAAUAACAACAGUAACAAUGUGAGCAUUCCUAAGCACAGCACAGUGGUGGAGAGGCUGAGACAGCGGAUCGAAGGCUGCAGAAGACACCAUGUAAACUGCGAAAGCAGGUACCAGCAAGCGCAGGUGGAACAGCUGGAGAUAGAACGCAGGGAGACGGUCAGCCUCUACCAGAGAAGCUUGGAACAGAGAGCCAAAAAAUCUGCAAAUAAUAAACAGCAAAACAAACAAGACCCUGAGUCCGCUACGACAGCAGAACAGAGAAACAACACAUUGAUAGCGCUACAAGAAACUGUGAAAAGAAAACUGGAUAGUGCACGGUCACCUCUGAACGGAGAGCAGAACGGCAUUUGCGAUGGGAAUUUUUCACCAAAUACCAAGAGGCUACGGAAGGAGGGGCCUGGCAGUGGGCUGGACUCAUUGGCUGGUUUACCCAACAGCUUGCCGCCAGUACCCUCUGUCUCUCCUCUCCACCAAAUGGACAUCAAACCCACGCUGCCCAUACAGAACAGUGGCGGCAGCAACAACCACGUCCCCGGCCGGCCGGAUGACCUGGGCAAAAACGGAGGGUUGACGGACAUAAAGCUGCAGGUCAACGGCACCUUGGACUUGGACGAUGGCUUCAAUCUCCUGCAGAGCAAGGACAUGAAGCAGGAGCCCCUGGAUGAUACAACAGGGAUUGAGUCUUCAGAUACUUCGCUCUCAAACCACAACAAGCUCUUCUCGGACAUCAAUCUCAAUGACCAGGAGUGGCAGGAGCUCAUUGAUGAGCUGGCCAACACGGUGCCAGAGGAUGACAUGCAUGACUUGUUCAACGAGGACUUUGAGGAGAAGAAGGAGGCAGAGUUUACCAGGCCGGCCGCCCAAACCCCUCUCCCCCAGGAACCAGCUCCUCCUCCUAUCCCUCCUCCCCCUCCCCAGAACAUCAAGAAUGACCCCGCUCGCUCACCCUUCAGCUUGUCUAUGGGCUCCCCACAGGUGCGGCCUUCCUCUUCGGGUCCCCAGUUCACCACGGCUUCCAACAGUACCCCACCACAUCAGCAGCCCCCCCCUGUAUCCAUGGCAGUAGGUUCACCGGCAAACUGUGUGGCCCGGUCUCCACAGACUCCCAACCAAGCAACCAGGCCUGGAAAUGGCUUUCUGAUGAACCAAGGCCCUGGUGUGGUGACGGGUCCUAGUUCCAGUGCGGUAGCGGUGGCGGCUGCGGCAGCAGUAGCAGCAGCGGUGGCAGCUGCAGCAUCUGGUCAGGGGGGUGGUCCAGUUCCAUCCACUCCUGACUUGUCUCCCGCUGAGCAGUUGAAACAAAUGGCGGCCCAGCAGCAGCAAAGGGCGAAACUAAUCCAGCAGAAACAACACCAACAGCAGCAGCAGCAGCAGCAACAGACUCCAGCACCUAACUGGUCGCCAGUCGGCCCUCCAACCAGUCCGUACGGGGGGGCGUACAACCCCGACAAACCAAAUAGCCCAAUGAUGUACCCGCAAGCCUUUAACAACCAAAACCCUAUGGUGCCUCCCAUGGUGAGCAACCCUCAGAAGGCCACUAUGAAUAACUACCUCCCUCAGAGCCACAUGAACAUGAUCAGCCAGCAGCCAAACAGCAUGGGCCAAAACACUAUGAGCAAGCAGCAAGCCGCCAUGCUGUCGUACAGCAACACUAAACCCCUAACCCAUUUUAGUGCUGUGGACCACAUGGGCCAAAGGAUGACGCCUCCCAUGGCCAACCCUAAUAAAAAUCCCAUGAUGCCAUACAUGCAGCAGCAACAGGCAGCCCAGCAGCAGCAGCAACAGGUGCCCCCACAAGCCCAAGUACAAAUGUCAACUCCGGCUUCCCACUUGAGCGAAGAGCAGAAGCGCAUCCUUCUCUUGAAACAUAAAGGACUACUGAAUCAGAACAUGUCUUACAGUGCAAUGCAGCCUCACAAUCAGGAACAGAAUGUAGUUGGCAUCUCGCGGCAGGCUGGUUGCGUGCAGCCUAGUCUACCAGGCCCUGGGAGUGUGGCCUCAGUGCCCAGCACCAACCCGGGGGCACCUGGUUACCUAGGCAACCAGCAGCAGGCAGCCAUGAUGAAGCAGAUGAUAAUGGAGCAGGAGAAGCAGAGAGUCCAGUUACACUUGAUGGAACAGCAAAAGCAGCAGCAGCAGCAGCAGCUUCUUAGGGAACAAAGGCAACAGCAGCAACAUCAGAUGCUAGCGGAACAGCAGUUACAACAGCAACAUUUACCAAGACAGCUACCCCAGCAGCAGAGAAACCCCUAUCCCGUCCAGCAGGUUAACCAGUUCCAAGGCACGCCACAGGAAAUUGCAAGGAACCAGGUUUUGCAGAAUAUUCGGACCGCCCGGAUGCUGCAGCAGCAGCAGCAGCAGCAGCAGAACCAGGGCAUGCUCCAGAUGGCCUCAGUCCACAACUCUGGGACAAUGUCGACGGUCGCUGGACAGGCCGAGAUGAGCAUGGCGUACAGCAACACACCAAGUGGACAACAGGGCAUGUACGGCAUCAACCCUGCAAUGAACCAAAUGUUGCAGCACCCAAACCAAAGCAGCAUGAACAUGGCCCACAACCCUUCCCAGGGCCAGAGACAACCCAGUGCUGGACAAGGGGUUGGGAUGGUUGGGGGCUACGGCCAAGGCAUGUUGAUAAACUCUGCCAUGUCCCAACAGCAGCAGCAGCAGCAGCAGCAAAUGAAGGGACCACAGGUCGGCCAAGCCAUCCCAAAGGCCCAAGCUCAAAGACUUCAAAUGAUGGGUGGUGCUGUCCAGGGGGCACAGGGCUGGCAGCAGCAGGGUAUGCCAGGGCGGACUAGUGGGGAAAUGGUGACCUUCAACAACAACUCGGCAUAUGCCAUGCAGUCUGGCCAGCCCCGCAUGACCAAGCAACACUUUCCUCAAGGAAUGAGCCAGUCUGUUGUGGACCCUACGGGAAACAUUAGAACCAUGAACCCUGCUAUGGGGGGGCAGAUGAUGCCGCAUAUGUCUGGACAACCAAGGACCAACCAGCCAAGGCCAAUGGUCAUGGCUGGAGUGAGCCAGGGGGUUCCGAACAUGAAUGUUUUCAGUCAGGGCCCCGGCCAGCAAAUGGGUGGUGGUUCUUACUUACAAAGCAGUCAGCCUCUGGGCUACCAGCGGACUGUGAGUCAGGACUUGUCUUUCAGUUAUGGCCAGUCAGCAGGCGGGGGCUCGUUCCCCAGCUUAGCAGAUGGGGCAGACCUGGUGGACUCAUUAAUGAAAGGAGGCUCGACGGACGAGUGGAUCGAUGAAAUUUUGGGAAACCAAUAGUGAAAGGAGAGAAAUUAGAAGUUUACAUGGACUAUAAGUGAACAUAAACUGUACAAAAAAAGGAUAGUUUUUUUAAAAAACAUUGAGCUGGAAAAAAAAACCACACACACACUUGUGUGUUCUGUCCAGAAAAUGUCACCUCUGUGAAAGCUGGUUCAGAGUAGUAGUAAAGCUAAAACUGUGCAGUUCUGUAGGAGUGCGUGAUUAUUUUUUUAUUUUUUUAUUUUUUUUUUAGCAACCCAUAGCUCAGAGUAGUACUGAAAGAAGUAGAACGAUUGUUUUAUUUUCUCUCCCCCAACUGUGAUUUUUCAUGAUGUUCAUUUGGGAGUGGCGGGAAUUCCAGAGUUUAGGGCUGAGUUCCAAGGUCAAAGGGGGGUUGGGGGAAUUGGCAAGCAAUAGGCCAGAACACUGAGAAACUUAAGUGUUUUAACUUUGUUUUUAAAGUUUAUGCAGUCUGUGUUCCUUUGCAUUGUAUAUGCUGUUUUAGAAAUUUCAUCCAGUGUUUUUUGGGGGUAGUACCAAAAUGUUACAAAUAUCCAUUAUUUAAUGAGCUGAUUUGACUCCUUUUAUUUCUGGGUUUUUUUUCUGAAAUGAAAAGUUUGGUUUGAAUGGCUUGCAUUUCUCUGCAGUUUUUGGAAGUUGAAAACUUCUGUACUGUGAAAAAAAGAAAAACAAUCAUAUCUCUGUGUAACAACCAAGCUGAUGCAGUAGGUGUGGCUUGAUGCAAGGUAAGCAUUGAGCGAGGUAACUACUGGGUCAAGUUGCUGCUUUAUACUGUGAGCAAACCGGCAGCUUCUAACAGAUCUGAAUGGCUGUUUGGGCAUUAUCCUAUUCUAACAGUAUUGUAAGUUGUAUGCCAUAAUGUUGUAUGUACUUUAGCAAAUCCGUUGAAGGAAGGACUUCAAUUACAUUUCUAUUACAAAUUAUACAAAAUAUUUGGCAAUAGAAAUAUGGAUGCACAUUUCCAUAAAGCUUCCAGUGUUCAACAUACCAGAAACAAAUUCUCAAUUGUAUUGGAUUUCAGCUUCUUCUUUUUUUGGUAGCAGUAGCACAUUCUUUUGUACGGGGAGUUGGGUGAAGGGAGUCAAGAGUUGAGAAUCAGUCCUUGGUGCCUGUGUUUACAACAGUGAGCAUUAUAGCGAGAGUCCACUGCAACAGUCUCGUACCCAAAAAAGUAUCUGAUGUCCACCCACAUUCAGUUCCGUGUGAAAGUAAAAUAUAUUAUAUAGGAUCAUUACUGUGCAAUAUUAAUUAAAAAGAACUGUGUAAUUCUUGUGAAAGAGUGGGGCUGUGAUUAAUUUUAAAAGCGCACAUGGUCUACAUUUGUGUCUUCAGAUAUAUAUGUGAAACAAUAAGGUAGCAAAAAAACAACUACCAUAUAUAUAUAUAUAUAUAUAUAUAUAUAUAUAUAUAUAUAUAUAUAUAUAUAUAUAUAUAUAUGUGUGUGUUUAUGUAAGAGCAUAAACCUACAAUUUAUACCCUUAUAUGACUAUGGACAGGUGUCAAACCAGUCCGAAUUUAAUUUAAGGAAAGUAGGGUUUCUUUCUUCUGAAGUCAUGAAUAUAACAAGGUUUGGGAACGCUAUCUUGACUGUGUGUUUUUUUUUUUUUUUUUAAAUAUAUCUGGGGGGUUUUAAACUCGAGUUAAAAAAAAAAAAAAAAAAAAAAGUAAAAUGGCCCUAUUCACAAGUCUAUAACUCGUGAGAUAUUUAAAGAUUUAGUUUGUCUAUGUGGAUGGAUUAAAUACAGAUUGAUACAGACUGUUCAGUAGCCUUAACCAGUUUUGUGAGUAUUGUAUCUGUCAAAAUAAACUUUUAAUUGUUCUUGUCCGGUAAAUUUACUGGUUAAAAAAAAAAAAAAAAAAAAAUGGUUUAA